CCCCAAACACUCAGGUGGAGCCCUACCUCUCAGAACUCACCCCGACCCCAGGACAGGGCUCCUUGUGCCUGGCCUGGAGCUCACAGUGGCUAUUUCUGCAGGGCCGAGUGCAUCCAGAGGGGGGUGUCCCCAUCACAGGCACAGGGGCUGGGCUCCAACCUGGUCACAGAGGUGCGUGUCUACAACUGGUUUGCCAAUCGGCGCAAGGAAGAAGCCUUUCGGCACAAGCUGGCCAUGGACACAUACAGCGGGCCGCCAUCGGGGCCAGGCCCGGGCCCGGCACUGCCCGCCCACAGCUCCCCUGGCCUGCCCCCAUCUGCCCUCUCCCCCAGCAAGGUCCACGGUGUGCGCUACGGACAACCUGCAACCAGUGAGGGGGCGGAAGUGCCCUCGAGCAGCGGCAGCUCCUUGGUCACAGUGUCCACACCCUUGCACCAAGUGUCCCCCACAGGCCUGGAGCCCAGUCACAGCCUGCUGAGCACUGAAGCCAAGCUGGUCUCCGCAGCUGGGGGGCCUCUGCCCCCGGUCAGCACCCUGACAGCACUGCACAGCUUGGAGCAGACCUCCCCAGGCCUCAGCCAGCAGCCCCAGAACCUCAUCAUGGCCUCGCUUCCCGGGGUCAUGACCAUCGGGCCUGGGGAGCCUGCCUCGCUGGGCUCUACGUUCACCAACACAGGCGCCUCCACACUGGUCAUUGGUAAGCUGGCGGGGUGGGGGCACAGAGCCCGAGAGCCGGAAGAGCCUCUGGGACCAUUCGCUCACUCAUCACUCACUGCCUGCUCUGUGCCA